GGUCAUCACAACUAGCAAACACACGCACACACUCUUCAGACUCAGUUUUUUGUCGUAGUAGCUCGAGAAUAUGGCGGUCGUGGUGAGUGUUGGUCCAUGGGGUGCACCGGGGGGAGAGCCUCGCGACAUCCCCAUCGGCAGCAUGCCCCAGUCCCUGGUGAGCAUCACCAUCUGGAGCAUCAAGGCCUUGGGGGGGCCCAUCUGUGGCUUCUCCUAUGUGUACGUCGACCAGAACGGGGGGCCCAUCCACGUCGGCCCCUGGGGCAAUGCCGACCCGGAACACACCAUCACGAACAUACAGAUGGGUCCCGGCGAGUACCUUUACGAGCUGAGCGGCACCGCCGAUGACUCCGCCCUAUUAUCGCUCAAACUGGUCACCAACCAGCACACGUACGAGGUCGGCGCUCCGUUGGAGCAGACGACCUUCAGCAUGCCGCUCAAGAAUGGCAAGGUGGUCGCCUUCUUUGGCCGCUCCGACAACGAUCACCUCACGGCGCUCGGUAUCUACGUGCCGGUGAUGAAAGGCUCGCCGGUCAAUGUCGGUCCGUGGGGCGACUCCGGUGGCGUACCUGUGGACAUCACCACGCCGGUGCAGCUUAAGAGCGUCACCGUCUACAGCACCGAUUCCAGCGAUGGGCGCAUCUAUGGCUUCUCCUUCACCUAUGUCGACCUGACUGGCCAGUCCAUCCAUGUCGGCCCCUGGGGCACGAUCAAGGGAGAGAAGCAUACCGCUGCUUCUAUCUCCCACGCAUGGCAGAUGAGAUGGGAAACCCGGCGUCCGCCGUUUCCAUGGCGAAGGAUCGUCGGGCCGUCGCCGUUUUCUCGCCGGAGCAAGUCGCCGACGUGGAAGAAUUUCCGGACUCCUGCGAGCAAGAACCUUGGUACGUGCCGGACACGUACGCUGAAGAUACGGAGGUUCCGGAUUCUAUCGAGGAGGAAGGGAAUGAUAUUCUUGCCGGAGAGAGCCAACCUCUUGAACCACUUGAAGAUAUCGAGCGGGAGAUUGAAGCUGCCAUGAUUGCAAACGAGAAACAAGAAGGCGAGUUUUUUGAAGAUCAAUGCCAGGUAGAUGAUGCCCAAUGCGUUGCCGAACAAGAUGAAGGCGAUGAUAUUCAACUCAAUUUUGGUGUCAAGCUAGACUCAGGCGAGUUGCAGGUGGUCAAGGAUACGGUGAAAAUUUUGCUGCCAACGUACUGUCCUUAAACAAUCAUCUACUGAAUGUACUGCACUACUCCAGAAAGUACUCCAGAAAGUUAUGAACACAUGUUAUGAACUCAUCACUGAGUAUUUUCGUUUUUGUUAAAUAAGGUUGGUGUAAUGUUGAAAUCAUCACUGUUUUUACUUAUACGCAAUUGAAGUACUCCAGAAAGUUAUGAACUCAUGUUAUGAUCACAUGUUAU